CAACAGCCACAUCAGAAGCAGCAUCAGCAGCAUCCGCAUCCACAUCAGCAUCAGCAAGCACAACAACAUCAUCAAGUACACUUUGCCACAACAAACCCAACCACAACACGUGAUAUAUUUUACGAGCCAACAAACCAAGCAACUUCCAAAGCCUUCGCUACUAGCGAUGCCAGUCCCAGUUUCUCGCUAACCGCACAGCGACGCCGCGAACUGCAGUUGCGGGCCGAGCUGCAGUCCAUGGAGCAGGUGAAGCUCAGUGGUGGCGCCUGCACACGCAACGGUGACGAGGUGGCGCUCUAAACACGCCAGCGACGCCGACUGUCGUGAGCAGCAAUUCUUUACUGUAGCGGCGUUAAAUUUUGUGUAUUUAGUGUGUGUGUGUGCGUGUGUGUAUGUGUAUGUGCCCCACCACCCCACCCAAUGCCUGACCCACUGCACACCAAAAACACACUAACAGCGCACCGUUUUUCAUUUUUCUUUUUAUUCUUUGCUAGUUUAAUUGAAGUCAAAAUGUUUCGAUCUAGAGAACCCCAGAAAUAACGUGCUGCUGUCAUUCAUAUAAAUUAUACAAUUAUAUGAGAUGUUAAUAGCGUUAACUAAAACAAAAUACUAGUUAAUUUUAGCAUUAAUUCUAAAAAAAAAAAAGAAAACAAAUUAACACAACAUUUAAGAGUAUGUACGUUUUUUACAUUUUGAAAAAGUUUAUACAUGAAGAAAAAAGUAUAUUAUAUUUAGUAGUUAUACAUACUAUAUAGUUAAUGAUUAAAGACAGUGACCGUUGGCCGCGUUCGGUGCGAAAAGUUUAGCGAAAAGUUGAAUGAAUUAAAAAAAAUACCUAGUGUAUUACCAUAUGCAAAUUCUAUAUUAAACAAUACAAAAAAAAAUGCAUUCUGUAUGUGUAUGCAAGAUUAGGAAAUAGUUUCUUAUUCUUAGUAGUUAAUCGGUAAUGCUAAAUGUAAAAGAGGUUUUUACUGCAAAAUGCAAUUAAGACUUUAUUUAAAUUAAGCUAUUUCAAAUCUGUAUGAUCAAUACAAUAUAUGCUGUAUUAUUUCA